UUCGAAUUUUGCGGGGUGAAGGUUUUUAAACGAGGUUUCCCAGGUUUGGUCUGUUCUUCAGUCCUUGAAGUGAUCUGAUACGGAGCAGUCAUGGAUGUUGAUUCGCAACCAAUGAUGGAGGAGACCAUACUGGUCGGUGAUGACCUAAUGAUGGGUCCUCCAUCCCCUGUCAUCCCUCCUGAAAUUGCUUCACAUGUGCUUGAAGGUGUUGAAUUGUGCGAUGGGAUUUUAAGGAAUCUAUUCCUAUGCUUGCAAAUCAAUGAUAUUGAACCAUUUUGCCAAGAUGAGCUUGCCUUAUAUCGACAAUGUGCUGAAAAGAGGGACAAGAUAUUGAGAGUAAGACUUCAAGAGAGCGAACACAAGUUAGGAUUGUCUAUGCCUAUUGAUCUGGCUAAGGAAAGGAUUACUCAGCUUGAAGCUGAAGCCACUUCACUAGAAAGACACUUGAUUCUAGCAAGCGGAGCUGAAGGAAUUGAAGGCUUUCGCCGGAGAUGGAGUUUGCAUGGUCGGAUGACGGAUACCAAAAAAAGACUGGAGUCACUGAAGCAGGGAAUGGAGAAUAGAACAAAGGAAGAACAUGAUGAAGCUCCAAAACCUUCCGCUUCGAAAAGAUGGUUCUUUUGGUGAAGUUUUCGGUGAUUUUUCCCAAGAUGAAUCAUGUUUUGGAUCAUAGAAGAAGGUUCAUAAUCAUUACACUUAAUAAGUCUCACUUCACUUAUGGUGCAGGUGCUUCCAAAUGUAAUCACUUUUAGCCAUUAAAAUUAUAAUUAAAUUCACUGUUACGAACGUUAAAACA